GGCGCGGUAACCCGUUGCGAACGGUCCGUCCAACGUGCAUUGCGGCGUGGUGUUUUACAGCAUAACGCGAGCUAUAUAUGUAUAUACGCGCGUGUGUGUGUGUGUAUAACAGUGCGAGUAUAUAUUAUAUACACACACAUAGUGUAUAAGCAUAACACGCGUAUGUAUGUGUGUAUAACUUGAUUUACGAACGGUGUUUAGAGUGUAUUCGCGGUAAACCUGUACAUUGUAUACAUAUAUAUACACCUACGUGGUUUUUAUUUCUUGACCGUAGAUAACUUGUAGACACUCUUUAGAGAAGUCAUUAAUAAUAUAAUAUUGUACUAUUCGCGUACGCCACGUCUCUAACUACUCUGAAACGUCGAAAAAAAAACACACACAAAUUGUCGUGGUGGUCUUGAGAUUUUUUUCAUUCGCGCCCAGAUAAACCGGAUUCGAUUUGGCCGACAAUAUGAAGACUUCGUUGAAUAUUUUGUCUAAACGCUUGUUCAACAGAGCCCUGUACUUGGUACUAGUCUUUGAAAUGGCGUCUGGUUCUAUUGAUCACAAAGUACCGGAUGAAACAAUUUCGCCAUUGAUUGAAGCAACGUCCAUACGAGGUCCUUACUUCGAUAAGACGGCAUCGAAAAACAUUACUGCGCUCGUAGGUCAUACGGCUUAUUUGAACUGCAGAGUCAGAAACCUUGGAAAUCGGACGGUAUCGUGGGUUCGACACAGAGGUAUACACCUGCUAACUGUUGGACGAUACACAUACACGAGUGACCAAAGAUUUCAAGCGAUUCAUUCGCCUCAAACCGAAGACUGGACUCUUCAAAUACGGUAUCCGCAAAUCAGAGAUAGCGGCUAUUAUGAAUGCCAAGUAGGAACAACACCACCUAUAGGCCAUGCAAUGGUACUAACAGUUGUUGAACCUAUAACAACCAUUAUUGGAGGUCCUGACAUGUUCAUCAAUAAGGGAAGCACCAUGAAUUUAACUUGUAUCAUAAAACACAGCCCGGAACCACCGCCACUGAUUUAUUGGACACACGAUUCGAAGGAAAUUAACUAUGAUUCGGUUAGAGGCGGCGUGAGCGUAAUCACAGAGAAAGGCGAAGUAACCACCAGUUAUCUUCUCGUGCAAAGGGCAACCAACACAGAUUCAGGAAAGUACACAUGCCAUCCGAGCAACGCUAAUCCUCACACGGUCGUUGUGCAUGUUCUCAACGGAGAACACCCAGCUGCUAUGCAAAAAGGAUCUAAACUGAGUCUAAAAUCUUCGUUAUCACUUCUAAGCGUCUGCCUAGUUCUUUUCAUCAGCACGUGAUUUAUAUCCCCGUUAAGCUAUGAAAUUAAAUUGUAAAAUACAAGAUAUUUAAAAUAUAUAUUUAUAUAUAUAUAUAUAAUAAAAUACAUUUGCGUGUAAAUAUUACCUAUACAUAUUACAUAUAAUAUUAUGUACCUAAUUACGUACACGCAUGCUAAUCAAAUAAAGUUACAUACACUUUUAAACAAAUACAAAUAUAAAUAUGUAUGUAUUUUAAUUAAUAAAUAUUAGCACACUUAUGUAUAGUAGAUACAUUAUAUAUUAUAAUGUGCUGUAAGUAACACUAUAUAUUUCUAUGUGUCCAGCGUACUAAACGGCAUAGGUAAACGGCAUGUGUCAAUAAAAUUAUAACUUACAUGAAUCUUCUGGUUAAUUAUUGAAGCUUCGAUAAUUUUACAAAUAAUACAAAAAAAAAAUAUUUAUAUAUAUAUACUAGCUAGAGAGCAGCUCUUCAGUACUCAUAAGUUCGAAUCCCAUCUGAGCUUUUUUUAUGAUUUAUGUCUAUAUAUAUAUGUAUAAAUUAUAAAUCCUGUAAUUAACUAAAUUGUAUAUAAUUAUUAAUCUUUGUGAAUAUGAGACUCCCCCCCUUAGUUUAUUUUUUAACAAAACUUUUUUUUAUACCUAGAUUGUUUUUCAUGUAUACUUAAAUUGUUUAUCAAGACCGAAGCAACCACAUAUUAUUUACAAACAUAAUUGCCAACCAGAUAUGCAUACAAUUUUACCUAAAAAUCAAAUUUAUGUCUAGAUAUAGGUCUAAGCAUUUUGAACUAGGUUAAAUCUACUGUCGUUCGUAAUAACGUGAUACCAGCUACAUACAUUUCACAGUACCAAGUACUGUUAAACAUUUUAACUAAAACCCGUUAAGCUUUAUAAUUUCUAAGUAGAUAAACUAUCAAUGUUUGAAAUGUUACAGUUCACAUUACAGCUCCAUACAUUAUAUUGCCAUAUUCUAAAAUUGAGUACCCUGUGUUUAUAAUAUUUACAUACUUAACGUAAAAUAGGUAGAAGGAAAAAUCUCUUUUAUUAAAAAGAACAAAAGGUGACUGCCCAACAUACAGAUUCCCUAAUAACACAGUAAUUAAAUUAAUCAUCACAGUCAUUAAUAUAUCAUAGUUAAAUAAUAUAAUGGUAAUGUAAUUUUAAAGGAUAAAUUAAAAUUGUUAAAAAAAAAUUCAAUGAAUUGGUUAAGAAUAUAUAAAAGAUUCCACUUUUUAAACAAACAAAAGAUAAAAUACUAAUGUUAAUAAUUAAAAAAUAUAAUAAAUGUCAUCACAUUUAAUAUGGGUCAAUUAUGUAAAUUCAAUAAUAAUUCCAGAUAGCUAAGCAUAAAAAAUAAAAAUAAUAUUUUACUCGUAUGAACUCUAAUAUCUAAAAAAUAACAUUUUUACUAUACUUUAAAAAACUUUUUAAAUUUAUUUGAACAACUACACCACUUAUUUGUCGUAAUAUUAAAAUAUAUUAUUUG